ACAUUCUGCAGUAAUCUCAUAUCACAAAUCCUUUGCCUACUCGCUACUUUCCUUCUAAACUGAAACCAAAAACGCAUCCUUUAUUUUGCACCAAUUUCUUUGAGCAACUUUGAUUUUUUCUUUCUUGUUUUUUGUUUCCCCUUCAAAACAAAACCCAAUCUUUAGAUUUCUUUCUUGUGUUCAAUUUUACUUGUUUUCUUUUACUCAAUCAUCAACUUCCAGAUCCUCUAAGCAGGAAAUCUAGUUUGAUUUUGAAAUCCCCAAGUAUUUACCAGAAUCAUGGGAAAUUGCUUCUCCAUACAAUUUAGUUUCGAGAAUAUCCUCAUCCGAGGCUGGGAUUCCACUGUCGGACAGGCUAAUUACGUGUGCAAGCUUAAAGAAAAUCUUCCUACCUUAUCUGCUGCUCUUGAUGAACUGAAGGCACGAAGGGAUGACGUGCAAUGGAAGGUUGAUCUGGAAGAACAACGGCUACUGAAGCGACUCCAUGAAGUUGAUCUAUGGCUUUCACAGGCGGCAACUAUGAUAACAGAGGCGGAGAAUUUGAUUGAAGAUGGCCCUCAACAAAUAAAUAACUUGUGUCUCGGCGGCUGCAUUUCCAAGAAUUGCCUGUCUGCCCACAAGUUUGGGAAAGAGGUGGCCAAAAUGGUUGAAGAUAUAAAGGAUCACACUAGUAAAGGAGUUUUUGACAAGGUAGCAGAGACUCAGCCCCAAGCUUCAGUGGUAAUUAGACCUGAGGAGCGACCAAUUGCUCUUGAAUCCACGUUCGACAUGGCAUGGAGCUGCAUCAUGGACAAAGGUGUAGGAAUCGUUGGCCUCUACGGCAUAGGAGGCGUUGGAAAGACAACACUCUUGACCCAAAUCAACAACAAGUUCAGCACCACACCAGAGGAUUUCAACGUCGUAAUUUGGGUGCAGGUGUCUAAAAAUUACGAUGUUGGAAAGAUUCAAGAUGAGAUUGGUGGAAAGAUCGGUUUUUCGGAUGAGUCCUGGAAGAAUAAAAGGGUUGACCAAAAAGCUGUAGAUGUCAACAGGGUCUUGAUUAACAAGAGAUUUGUUAUAUUAUUGGAUGAUUUAUGGGAGAGGGUGGAUUUGAAGAUAGUUGGGAUUCCAAAACCAAGCAAAGAAAAUGGUUCCAAACUUAUUUUCACUACUCGAUCAUUGGAGGUUUGUGGCGAGAUGGAAGCUCAAAAGAACUUGGAAGUGGAGUGUCUUAAACCAGAAGAGGCUUGGAAAUUGUUCCAAGACAAGGUUGGAGAUGAAACCCUCAACAGCCAUCCAGAUAUUCCGAAACUAGCUGAACAUGUAGCCAAAGAGUGCGAUGGACUGCCUCUUGCACUAAUUACGAUCGGUCGUGCCAUGGCUUGCAAGCGAACACCUGGGGAAUGGAGAUACGCAAUCGAAAAGCUGAAGCGAUCGACGUUACCUAAAAUGGAAAAGGAGGUAUAUCCGCUUUUAAAAUUCAGUUAUGAUAAUUUGUCUUCCACAAUGAAAUGUUGCCUCCUGUACUGUUGUCUGUAUCCCGAGGAUUACAAUAUUCCCACAAAGACGUUGGUGGAAUAUUGGUUUUGUGAAGGGCUACUGAACGAAUUUGAUAGUUUUAGUGAAGCUCAAAUGCAAGGAGACCACAUUAUCAACUCUCUUCUUAGUGCAUGUUUAUUGGAAAGAGUGGAAGAAUCAUCUGAUGGAAAGGAAUAUGUGAAGAUGCACGAUGUGAUCCGUGACAUGUGUUUGUGGAUAGCAUGCGAGCUUGAAGAGAAAGAGGAGAGUUUUUUUAUAAAAGCAGGGGCUCAAUUAUCAGAGGAGCCGGAUGUUAAGGCAUGGGAAGGUGUAAGAAGAAUGUCGGUGAUGCAAAAUCAGAUUGAAGAUCUCGGAGGAACCCCUAAAUGCCCUAACCUUCGAACUUUGUUUCUUAGCGAUAAUAGCUUUGAGAUGAUCGGUGAUGGCUUCUUUCAGUUUAUGCCUCAUCUAACUGUUCUAAACUUGUCAGGAAACUGGAAUUUAGAAACAUUGCCCGAAGGAAUUUCAAAAUUGACUUCUCUAGAAUGUCUUGAUCUAUCCGGGACUGGUAUAACAGAGUUGCCAAUCGAGUUGAAAUCCUUGACAAAACUGAAAAUGUUGGACUUGAGUGACAUGCACCAUCUGACAAGAAUCCCACAAAAUUUGAUAUCUAGUUUUUCCAAGUUGCAGAUAUUGAGGAUGUGGAAUGUGCGAGGCAGUUCGGAGGAAGACAAUGUUCUGGAUGGGGGUGAUAAUGAAAAGCUUAUAGAGGAAUUGAAAGGUCUGCAACAUCUGAAUAUACAAGGGAUGCCAGAGAUACAAAGCAUGUCUGCAUUAGAAAGAUUUCUAAGCCUCCGCUUGUUUCGAUGCAGCACCGAAGAACUAGAGUUGUGGUAUUUUAAGGAGACAAAAGUGUUUAACGUUUCUUGUUUAGAAAACAUGGAGCGUCUGGAGAGAUUAUGGUUCAGGGCUUGUGGAAAUAUGGAGGAGAUGAGAAUGGAAAAACUGCAUACCAGGCUUUCUCCGAGUAGUAAUCAUACUGCAGGCUUCCACACAUUGAGGGAAGUUGCAAUUAUGCACUGUCACAAAUUGAAGGACGUUACCUGGGUGUUUCUUGCUCCAAAUCUAAGGUCUCUUUGGAUAAAUGAGUGUGAAAAAAUAGAAGUAGUUUUGAGUGAGGGAAAACUUGCAGAUGUGGUCGGAACUCCAUAUCCUACACCAUUUCUGAAGCUUCAAGAUCUUACUUUAGAACGCCUACCAGAAUUGAAGAGCAUAUACAGGGAUGCCCUACCCUUCCCAUGUCUGAAAAGUAUUCAUGUAAAGAAGUGCCCAGAACUGAAGAAGCUUCCUCUCAACUCUGACAACUCCAAAGGGAAUCACAUCGUCAUUCAUGGAAGGCAAGACUGGUGGGAACAGCUAGAAUGGGAGAGUGAGGCCACUCGAAAUGCUUUUCUGCCGUCUUUUCAGAAAUUCACUAUUACUCUUAUACCAUAAUACAUGCUUGAAACUAGGAGACAAAAAAUCUUCAUGUUUU